UUGUCAGCUGUUUAAAAAACAUCAUCUUUGAGAACGAAAGAUCGACUGUUAAUAUUAUUGUUUUACUUUUCUACAUCAUUAGUUAAGAUAAUUAUGGUCAUUCGUGCGCUACCGAGAUUGAAGCUGUUUUUGAAAAUAAUUUCAUUUUAGAAAGAGGUAAAAUUUUGUGUUACUAUACUUGUCAAUGAUGACAGCAAAAGUGUAUCAAUCUGAUCAAGAGUUGGAAACAAAAGUGAAAAAAGCAACGGAAAGGAUCUCGGAGAAUCUACACAUAGUUGCCAACGAGCCGUCAUUGGCAUUUUAUAGGCUGCAAGAGCAUGUGAGAAAAGCUUUGCCUCCCAUGGUGGAAAAACGAGUUGAGGUGCUGGCCUUGAAGCAACAGCUCCAGGGUCGUUGUUACGAUGUUGAGUAUGCUGUUACUGCAAUUAAAGAUAUGGAAGGAGCCACCAACAGCUUUAACAAUACCUUGGAACUUUUGAAAAAUGCUAUAUUUUACAAGCAACAAAUAAAAUAUGAAGAACAGCGCCGUAAGAAGACCGAAGGUAACAAGGAUUCCAUGUACAAGAGACUGUCUGCGCACAUUCCAGCUCUACCAGAUGAUCUUUCUGAUGUGAUGAGAGAAACUGCUAAUCGCGUUGAAUCAAUCAUGAGUCAUGCUAGGCAUACUAGCCCUGAAACUCAAAAGAGCAAUUGAGUGUUUUAAUAUGUGAUUUUUUUUGUCAGUUACAUAGGUUAAUAUAAAUUGUUUUGUUUUGUAAAAAGUGUGGAUGUGAUCGUUUUUAUUUUUUUUAGUUUAAAAUAAUUUCUAAGUAAUCGUACUGUUUAUGAACUAUAGAUUUUUUAUAAUAAAAUUUA